AUGCCAAUACAAGAGACCAAUAAAGAUUUAGUUGAGAAUCCAGCUGGAAUUCUACAAGGAGAGGAGAAGGAGGAACCAAUUCUUUCUCAUACUGAAGACGAGGAUGAUGAUGAUGACGAAAACGACGAUGACGAUAAAAAUCAGCAAGGUAAUCUGGCAGUUCAAUAUCCUGGAACUGUCUUGCCAGAUAAUCAUCCACAAGAAAUCGAAGCUGAUCAGGACUUAACUGUUGGAUAUGACCUUGACACUGAUUACAUUGAUUUGGUUCAUUUAAAAAUUUCGUCACUUGAGGAUUUACAUUUGGAACGUUUCAAGAAAUUGGAAUCAUUAUGUUUGAGACAAAAUUUGAUUACUUCAAUGGUUGGAGUCAAGGACUUGCCUGAAAGUUUGGAAGAACUCGAUUUGUAUGACAAUAGAAUAAACCAUAUAUCAAGCUCCAUUAAGCAUUUGGUUCAUUUGAAAAAUCUAGAUCUUUCAUUCAACAGAAUUAAGAAUAUCAAGAAUAUUGAGACGUUGGUUGAACUUGAAAACUUGUAUUUUGUGCAAAACAAGAUUAGGGAAAUUAAAAAUCUUGACACUUUAACGAAAGUGACUAAUUUAGAAUUAGGUGGGAAUAAAAUAGAAGUGAUUGAGAAUCUUGACAAACUUGUAAAUAUAAAUCAAUUGUGGUUAGGGAAGAAUAGAAUACACAAGCUUCAGAAUAUGGAUAAUUUGGUGAAUUUAAGAGUUCUUUCAAUCCAAUCAAAUAGAAUCACUAAAAUCGAGGGGCUUGAAAACUUGAAAAACUUAGAAGAGUUAUACUUAUCGCACAAUGGGAUUUCGGAGAUUGAGAAUCUUGAAAAUAACACAAAUUUACAAGUGUUGGAUGUCACGGCAAAUAAAAUCACCAACUUGAAAGGAUUGUCACAUUUGGUCAAAUUGACUGACUUUUGGUGUUCAUAUAAUCAAGUAUCCAGUUUUGAAGAAAUCGGCAAGGAAUUGGGUAAAUUGCCUGAUUUGGAGUGUGUUUAUUUUGAAGGCAAUCCCGUGCAACUCCAGAAUCCGAGCGCAUAUAGACGAAAAAUGAAGUUAUAUUUAGGACCAACGUUGAACAAAAUUGAUGCAACCUAUGUCCACGCUUGA